AUGAGAGACACUGCAUUUAUUCAAGACUGGAUUAAUGCAGUCGCCCUAAAUAAGGACACCCUAAAUACCACAGACUUCAAAACUACGGGCAAGCGGGCAUAUCCAAGUCCUGAGCCUGAUGAAAUGAGUGACUUGACCCCAGAGAGGACCAAGAAGAGAAAAACAGCCAGCACCGAUGACGACGAUAAGAUCGAGGACCUAGAUGCUGAGAAAACACCGAGAGCACUAUUGAUUUCUCCAAGACCGGCACCAUCUCCGUCAAUCUCGCCAACCAAGUCGUCUGCCAGCAUCAGAUCGGCAAGUCUAAGAUCCAGCUCUCAAGCUUCUUCAUCCCGCGCAUCAUCCUCGCGCCGCAAACUCUCGAACCUAAGCUUAGUAGAGCACGGUAUCCAGCGACAACAAUUAAACGGCCCCGAUACUCCUAACCUUCCGCAACGAAUUGUCGAUGCGCUCAAGACGAUCCAGCGCCUGGAACGGGGCAAACACGUCUUUGCAUCAACCUUAGACAGGAGCAGAUUUACAUCCCUACUAGACGUGAAUGAUCUGGAUGAUAGGGCUUUUGCCACUGAUAGGGAUAUUGGAAGCCAUUUGUUGCCGGAAGACGUUGAUGAAAUCUUGGCUGAUGCUGAGAGAUGCUUCAAGAUGGACCAUGACGAGGGUGUUUGGAAUGUAGAGGUACAUCAAUAUUUGCUGAAAAAGGUUCUGCGGAGAUCUGGCUCCAGCCGUCUUGUCGAUUUCACACUCUGUACCACUGCCCCCAUCAUUCGCGACUAUCUACCUCCCCGUACAGCGGAGAAAAGAGUAGACUUUUGCUUCUUUGUUGACCCGAGUUUCGAUCCCUCCUAUAAACAAAGGAUCGAAAUCCUUGUAAAGUCGCUUCCCGAAAUGAGUAUCAGCCACACCUCCUACGGUCCUUUGCGUGUACGCCCAACGACAGUAAGUCUGGAGACUAAGAGACCCGGAAAUGAUUUUGAUGGUGCAAUCCUACAAAUCAGCGUUUGGCAAUCAGCACACUGGGUUAUGCUGCGUUCACUACUGGGCCAAACAUGGCCAGGGAAACAAGCCUGCGGACUGUCGAGGAAGGAUUACGCCGAUAAAGGCCUUAGGGAACUGGGCGCUUUGCACGGCAUAUUGAUUCAAGGUCAUGACUGGAUAUACGUCGCGACUUCUCCAGAGUUUGUCAACGAGGAGGGAAGGGAAUCUACACGAACGCAACUUUGGCUUUAUGAACCAAUUGGGCGCACAAAUACUGCAUUCGGCGUGCAUAAAGUAUCUGCAUUCCUUGAAUUUUUAAAGACGUGGAGCCUACAGACCUAUUGGCCAUGGUAUAAACGAUAUUUCCUUCAAGAAAUCGGUACGGUCCUGUCAUCAGAUCCGAUUGCUAUAAGUGCAGUUUCAUGA